UAUCUUCUUGCGGUCCUUUUGCAAGUGCAGUAUCUCCCAACCAUGGGAGAGUCGCUGCCGGCCAUGGUGCGUGCAUAUGUGCACAACAAGUUUGCUCGCUCUUAAAAUACUCGAGGAAAAUGCACGCUGGGGGUUGGUGGAUUCCAAACUCAUGAGCACGAGUCCGAGUCCGUUGGGAUAGGAUGGUGCUGCGGCACCCCGCCACCAGCGCGGUCAACGCGCUGCUCGUGGGGCUCUUCCUGUGGCUACGGCACCGCGCUGUCGUACCAACCGCCGUGGCCAUGUCGUACCAGACCGUGGUGGCGGAGCGGCAGUGGUGGCGUGCGCUGGUGGCACAGGCGGCGCAUUUUGACUUGCUGCACCUGGUCCUGAACGUGAGCUCCUGCUACGGCCUGGCGGCUCAGGCGGAGCCGGCGCUGCGGCCUGGAUCCAGCUGGGAGUACCUGCGGCUCAGCUUCCUGCUGCUGCUGCUGUCGGCAGGGAUCAUGCUGGCGCUGCAGCAUGCGGCGCUGGCGGCGGCGGUGCGGUCGGGCCUGGACGGGGAGGCGGCUGCUGCCAGCUUCCGGCAGCGGGGGGUGGUCGGCUACUCGGGUGUGCUGUUUGGUCAGAUGGCGUUCAUUGCGUGGACGGCAGGCUCCGAGGGCCGCUUCAACCUGUUGGGCCUGACCUCCGUGCCCAUGGUGCUAGCCCCCUUCCUGCUGGCCGGCCUAACACAGCUCAUCAUGCCCAACGCCUCGGCACUGGGGCACCUGUCCGGCAUCCUGGGUGGGCUGCUGCUGGCUAGCGGGGCCCUGGACUGGAUCAACGCCUAUUGGACUGUGUGCCUGGUCAUGUGGGUGGCCAUUGGCGUGGCGUACGGCCUUGUACGGGAGGGCCGACUGGGGCUGCCGUACGUGCGUGUACUGCCAGGCGCUGGCGACGUUAGCGAAGAUGAGGCGGCUUUAGAUAUGCUGGAGAGGGGUGAGGGCGGCGGCGUUUCGGAGGUGGGGACAGCAGCAGCAGCAGGUGGCGGAGGCGGCGGGAGAGGCGGCGGGAGAGGGGCAGGCGGCGGCGCGGCGGGCGGCCUGGCGGCCGCGGCGGCGUCGGCGGCGCGGCUGUUUGGGAGCUUGAGUCGGCGACCGGUGGUGACGGCGGUGGCGGAGGCGGGGAUGGGGAUGGGGGCGGGCUCUGGGGUGGGAGGCGCAGCAGGAGUGGGGGUAGGGGCGGGGCAGGCGGAGGCGGGGGCGGCUGGUGCGGGGAUAGGAGGGGGCGGUGGCUCUGGGGUGGGUGCAGGGGCAGGGGCAGGGGCAGGGGCGGCCGGCAGUGCAGGUGGUAGGUCGAACGGCGUGGGGGCAGGCGGGCCCACCCCAGCUGCGGCGGGGCCGGCGCUGCCUUGGGGGAGAUGAGGUCAGUUGGAAGAGCAUACGAGUGAUUGAAUGCAUGAAGGACUGAUACAUGAAGGGCCGCAGAACAAAGCGCAUGCAUGACAACAUUCUUAUGUAGGUGGCUGGUGGCUAGCAGCGAAUGUGCGGCCGCGCCUGUGCUGGUUUGUUGCGUGCCAUCUGUGCCACGCGCCUCAAGGCUUUUGCGGUGACUCGCUGUAACGAACACACGAA